CAAAAAAAGAAUUAAAGCUGAGUGCUUCUUUUGAGCCAAUACCAGAUUCGAAUCUCAAGAAUUACAUCCUCCUCCAGUCACUCUUUCUCAUUAAUAAAGUUAUCAACUAAUUCUUGAUAUAGAAAAUGUUUAAUUGAGGAAAAAUCAAAGUUGAAAGAAUCCUCAGAAUAAAUAUAGUAGAUAAGAUUAAACUAAGAAUGUGAAAAUAAUUUAUCAAAAACGAAAGAAUAAGUGAAGGAACAAAAUUAUAAUCACUAAAACAAACAACACGAAAUACGGAAAUAAAUAAGGGCUUGAUGUUAAAAGAAAUUCAAAAUAUUUGCCAUCAUCUCAACAAGAGUUAUAAUUAUUUGACUUAAAUGAAUUGGCAAUACUUGUAUUAGGAACUUUUAGUAUGAAAUCAUUAUAAUUAGAAGCAAAACUAUUGCAAGAAUAAAAAAAAAUAAUUGGAGAAUCGAAAGAUUUUUUUAAUAGCUUCCUUCAUGCUUUGGUUGAAUCUAUAAUAACAAUCAAAUUAUUAGUGGAAAUAAUAGAAAAUUUCUUCAACUAUUUAAACAUCAAAUCAUUAAAGAAAUAUACCUGAAAAAAUUGAUAAAUAUGCUGAUAAAGUUAGUAUAACUAAGAUAUACUAUGAAAUCCUAUGUUAUUAGAAUUAAUUAUAUUAAUAUGUUGCAUAUGUUGUUGUUUCAUAAAUAUAUAUUACCAUAUAAAUAAUAUAUAUAUUUUAAUUAGAGGGAACAAAAGAUUGA